CAAUCUUAGUUGUUAAACGUGGCUUUGUCAAUCCAAACCAAUCUGUCAAAAAUCAGUCCAGGGGCUGUCAACAAACCCAAUCGAAAUAACAGCAGCAGGUCGACGUCGACCCACGGAUACCCUUAAAUUGUGUGACAGAUAACAACAACUAUUGUUGCGCUAGUAUAAAAACUUCCAUUGUGCAAGAUAAAUCUAUGCAGUUACCAAGCGUACAGCAAGAUGAUAAUGCUGAGGAAUAUAAUAAACUUGUAGUUUGCGGUGUCUGUUAUCUGUUAGAAACACAAUAGACCCGACCGACUCCCGAACUCUAGCUAACUGCGUUUCUGAAAUUCGCCAACUCAGCAAAAUUUGAGUACCGAGCGGAAGCACAUUUACAAUUGCGAUACUGGAGACAUUUAGAAUGACUUGGGCUGUCAUUGUUUGAGCGAUUGUUGGUGGGUCGGCCAAACGACGACGCAAACAAGACACACUAUACAUACAUACAUAUGUGGCUCCGUUUGCGAUAAAAGAAAUAUAAAACUCGCUCUUCACCCGAAACUCUAUGGCCUCCGGAAAAAACCACAAAAGGCCAACCCACUCUACCUGCCGACAGCUGCCCGUUGAGUCACCCAACUACCUGUUGAUCCCAGCUUGCGAUUGUUCGCACUCUCUGUUUUUGUAGGUAGCUUUUAGAACGAAGACAUCACGUCGCCCUGUUCGCUGGACGUGUGCAGCUGCUUUUCCACACAACGGCUGUGCCAGUCGAUGCGACUAACACUGGGAGGCGGACGAACGCGCAAAAUGAGCAACAACUACAACGACAUACCCUUCGGCAUACGGAUAGUGCAGAAAUUGUCGCGACAAUGCUGCCCCCGCCUGCACGCCCGCCGAGAUCUACUCUACAAGGUGUCCAUUUUUGUGCUGACUUUCCUUGCCUAUGCCUGCUAUCACAUGUGCCGGAAGCCGAUUUCGGUGGUCAAAUCGGUGCUCCAGGGUAACUGUUCAUCUGCACAGGCUGCCCAGCUGCACGAAGGCCAGGACUGUGGCUAUGCUCCUUUUGAUGGCCCCGAUGCCAACAAACUGUUCAGCAUGCUGGACUCGGCGUUUCUCUUCAUGUACGCCAUUGCCAUGUUCGCGUCUGGAUUUGUGGCGGAGCGCGUUUCUCUGCGCUACUUCCUGUCGAUGGGCAUGAUCCUCACUGGCGUGUUUACGUACAUGUUUGGCAUUGCCCGCACCUCCAACAUACACAGUCUCUGGUACUUCAUCCUCGUCCAGAUCUUUGCAGGCAUAUUCCAGACCACGGGCUGGCCAGGCGUGGUCACGCUGGUGGGUCGCUGGUUUGGCAAAUCGAAGCGCGGCCUCAUCUUCGGCAUUUGGAACAGUCACACAUCCAUUGGCAACAUAUUGGGCACCUUGAUAGCUGCGCAUUAUCUGGAAAGCGAUUGGGCCAUGUCCUUUGUCGUGCCUGGCAUAAUCAUUGGCGCCGUUGGCUUUCUGCUCUUCCUGUUCCUGGUGGAUCAGCCCGAGAUUGUGGGCUGCUCUGCGGCAAGCGUGAGCGAGCGUCACGUUACCAACGACUCGGACGAGGAGAACGACGACGAGGAACAGGUGCGCCACAACGCUGCCGAAAUCAGCUACAGAUCGACGCCAACGGAGCGCACACCAAUCCUGGCUCGUUCUCAGUCGCAGAGCCAUCAGAGGGAGCACGGAGCCGGUCGUCCCAUCAGUCUCAUCGAUGCUCUAUAUAUACCCGGCGUUGUGGAGUUCUCGUUGUGUUUGUUCUUCACCAAGCUGGUCAGCUACACCUUCAUGUACUGGCUGCCCUUGUACAUACAGUCUUCCAGCACAUUGAGUCCCACGCUGUCCGCUGAUCUGUCCACGCUCUUCGAUGUGGGUGGCAUUUUCGGGGCCAUAGCUGCGGGCUACAUAUCCGAUCUCACUGGAAUGUCGGCCACCAUCUGCACGGGCAUGCUCUUCAUAGCCUCCCCCAUUCUUCUGUUGUAUCAACAGUACGGCGCAUUGUCGGUGUCGAUCAGCGUGCUGCUGCUCAUUGUGGUCGGCAUCUUUGUGAACGGGCCGUAUGCAUUGAUCACGACAUCGGUGAGCGCAGAACUGGGCCAGCACAGCUCCUUGGAGGGUAAUGCAAAUGCUCUGGCCACUGUGACGGCCAUCAUCGAUGGCACUGGUUCGAUUGGUGCAGCUGUGGGGCCACUGCUGGCGGGGCUGAUCUCAACCACAGGCUGGCAGAAUGUCUUUCAUAUGCUGAUCAUAGCCGACAUCAUUGCCAUGCUGCUGCUGGGUCGACUAGUCGUUAAGGAGUUUGCCUCGCUGCGCAGAUCCCCGACGCGCAUUCGCAUCGAAUAACAGGAGGCGGACCUCGAGUCUGAUGUUGAUUUGUCUGACCAUAUUUAUUACAUAUUUUGAUAACCACCGUUCUGUGUACAUAGUGCAUUGUAUAGCAUUCAUAAAGAAGAAGCGUUCCGUUUCCAUUCGAGAGCGUGCGAGUA